AUGACCAUCUCAUGGCAAACUCUUAAGAAAAUCGAUACUUUCCAUGACAUGAACCCACUCCCCAAAUUCCAUGGAUUGACCCGUUUGCGAGCUACUAUAUGCUCAUACUCUAUGAGAGUAUUACCAAUCGUUCUUGAGAGCUGCCCGAAUCUGAAACACUUAACCUUGGAACUGGUUAGUGAUGAUUUUCCAGUGCGAGAGGUGGUUGUAUUCUCGACUGCGCAGUCUCGUUGUUUGGAUUCGUCCCUUGAAACCGUUGAAGUCAAGCUCGUUCUACGCUUGGAUGAGUCUAGUGGAGAGCAACAACACGAUCCUGAUGUCUUGGAAGAGCUCAUGGAAUCUCCAAGAGGCUCUAGUUUGUGUCAGUUUGAAGUUGUUCCAGUGAUUCCAACUCCAAAUCCUUGGCCUGAAUGGAUUAUUCAUACAAAAUCCAAUAGGAUUGGUCUCUCAUCUCGAUCAGUUCGAGAGGAAGAUCGAAUUUUCAGAGGAGAAGACAGGAUCAGCUCACUACCCGAACCGUUACUAUGUCACAUACUUAGCUUUCUCACGACCGAGGAAGCUGUUUGGGCUACUAUUUUGUCCUCUAAAUGGAGAUACCUCUGGAAAUGGGUUCCUAGACUAGAACUAGACACCGCUGAUUUCACAAACGACAGAACGUGUGUUGAUUUCAUCGACGAGUUUCUCAAUUUCCAAGGCAAGUCCUACCUGCGUGAAUUCAAGCUACGCAUCAACCAAGAAGAGCUAAACUCUCAAAACAAACUCUCUCUUUACAAGCAGUGUCUCUUUAGAGUGGAUAAGCGCAAGAUUCAACGUUUCCAAGUCGAGAAUCGGCUGGAUCGUAGGAGCAGUGGUGGUGGCUUUAUGACGUCAUUAACACUCUCUGUGUGCGAGUCCUUGGUAUGCUUAAAGCUCCAUUUCGUAGAGCUGAAAGAUUCCGAGUCUCUCUCCUUGCCCUGCCUCAAGACCAUGUACUUAGAAGACGUUGUAUUCCCUAGCGACGCGGCUGCAGAGACGCUGAUUUCUUGCUCUCCGGUUCUUGAAGUUCUAAAAAUAUCUCUGAGUAUAUAUGAUGUGGUAGUGGCUUUACGUGUCUGCUCACAGUCACUGAAGAACUUCACUUUAAAACGAGCGGAUCCUGAUCGUCGUGUAAAAGGUGCGCAUUCGGUUGUGAUUGAUACUCCGAGGCUCGAGUAUCUGAGUCUCAUGGAGUACCAAUCCAAAAGCUUUAAGAUGAUCAGUAUGAGUGACUCUGUCAAGGUUGAUAUUGAUGUCAACCUUAAGCCAAUGUGGCAUGAGUUAUCGGAAAGAAAUAUCAUACAUAGUCUUCUCGACAAUUUCUCACGUGUUGGAGAUUUGACAAUCUCAUGGCAAACUCUUAAGAUAAUCUAUACUCUCAUACGCAUGAACCCACUGCCUAAAUUUCAUGACUUGACCCGUUUGCGAGCUACUAUGUGCUCAGAAGCCGCUCUUGAACUAUUGCCGAUCGUUCUCGAGAGCUGCCCUAAGCUGAAACAUUUAACCUUGGAAUUGGUUGGUGAUAAUACAGUGGCAGUGAGGACAAGACUCCCGACUGUGGUGCCUCGCUGUUUGGUAUCGUCCCUUGAAUCUGUUGAAAUUGAAAGCCCGGUCACGGAGGAAGAAAUUGAACUGAAACUGGUUAGAUACUUUCUGAAGAACUCGACAACACUCAAGAAGCUCGUUCUACGCUUGAUUCAGCCACGCGGGUCUCCUGAAAAGAACCACAAGCCUGGUGUCUUGAAACGACUCAUUAAGUAUCCAAGACGCUCUAGUUUGUGUCAACUUGAAGUUGUUCAAGUGGUUCCAGCUCCGAAUCCGCUGCUUGAUUGGUGUGUUUAUACAAAACCAGACAGAUUUGAGGAAUUAUUCGCACAAGAGGAUUUCAUCUGUGCCGGAAUAUUCGAUCUCCGGUUGUUUGAUUCUCACCGAAAAUCGAAAGAAGCUAUGCAAGAACGACGAAUUAGGACAGGUGGAGAAGACAGGAUAAGCAUAUUGCACGAAUCGUUGCUAUCUCAUAUACUUAGCUUUCUUACGACCAAGGAUUCUGCUAGGACAAGCGUUUUGUCCUCUAGAUGGAGACAUCUCUGGCUAUGGGUUUCUAGAUUAGACUUGGACGAAUCCGACUUCUCGGAGGACAACACGUGUUCGAGCUUCGUCGAUAAGUUUCUUAAUCUCCGAGGCGAAUAUUCAUCACUCUUGCUCGGAUUCAAGCUACACACUCACCACGACGUCGAUGGAAACUCUCCAUUGGAGGCGUCUCUGAUGAGAGUGGUGAAGCGCAAGAUUCAACAUUUCGAAAUCGACAACAACUUUGGAAUCUGCAUCGUUCUCAGCCCUCUAAUCUUCUCGAUCUCUGACACAUUGGUGACCUUGAAACUCAGUUUCGUAAUUUUAAGCGAUGUCGAGUUUUGUUGUACUUUGCCUUGUCUCAAGGUCAUGCACUUGAACAAAGUCAUCUUUCCAAGCGACGAGGCUGCAGAGACACUAAUCUCUUCCUCUCCGGUUCUUAUGGAAUUAGAAAUGAAACAUGGUAGAUUCGAUUACGUACAAGUCUUACGUGUUCGCUCUGCUUCACUGAAGAGCCUCACUCUAAAACGGGCUGAUCCUGAUGACUUUGAAAACGGUGGAGGACAUGAAGUUGUGAUCGAUACUCCGAGGCUUGAGUAUCUGAGCCUCAAAGAUUACCAAUACAGAAGCUUUGAGAUAGUCAGUGUGAGUGAGACUGUGAAAGUUGAUGUUGAUGUCGUUUUUGAAGUGAUUGGUGGUAAUAUUGGUGGGUUGAUGGAAAGAAACAUCAUUUGUAAUUUUCUAACACGUGUUUCAAAUGUCAGAAACAUGACCAUCUCAAGGAGGACUCUUGAGUUUAUCUUUCAUUACCUGGAAAUGAAUCCGCUGUUCAAAUUCCAUGACUUGGCUCGUUUGCGUGUUACUAUGUUCUUAAACUCCUCUCCAAAGAUGUUGCCAGUCAUUCUUGAGACGUGUCCCAAUCUGAAAUUCCUCACCUUGGAGUUGGUUCAUGAUUCUCUUGUGACGAAGGGGAGAAGUAGGCUUCUGACUCUGCUGCCUUGUUGUUUGUUAUCGUCCCUUGAAUACGUUGAGAUUAAAAGCCCGAUCACAAGGAAGGCAACAGAACUGAAACUAGUCAGAUACUUUCUGGAGAACUCAGAGACACUCAAGAAGCUCGUUCUUCGUUUGAAUCAGUCUACUGGAGAGAGACACGAGCCUGUAAACUACUUGCAGAGAUAUGUUAUGGGUUCUCCAAAUGCAAUGAAGCACAAAAUGAAGUUUCAGUUACUUCAUCUUCUGCUCAGUGAAGAGGACGUGGCGGUUGACUCGAGGAUCGUAUUUGCGGAACUCGAGCUUCUCAAGAAGUCCCUUGCUACUCUUCCUCUUCACGUAGAAGAAUCCAGUUCCAGCAGCUGA